AUGGCGGCAGCCGCGAACUCCGGCUCUAGCCUCCCGCUGUUCGACUGCCCGACCUGGGCAGGUAAACCCCCACCUGGCUUACAUCUGGAUGUAGUUAAAGGAGAUAAGCUAAUUGAGAAACUGAUUAUUGAUGAGAAGAAAUAUUACUUAUUUGGGAGAAACCCUGAUUUGUGUGACUUUACCAUUGACCACCAGUCUUGCUCCCGAGUCCACGCUGCUCUGGUCUACCACAAGCAUCUGAAGAGAGUUUUCCUGAUAGAUAUCAACAGUACACAUGGCACUUUCUUGGGUCACAUUCGGCUGGAACCUCACAAACCUCAGCAAAUCCCCAUCGAUUCUACGGUCUCAUUUGGCGCAUCCACAAGAGCGUACACGCUGCGGGAGAAGCCUCAGACAUUGCCAUCAGCUGUGAAAGGAGAUGAGAAGAUGGGUGGAGAGGAUGAUGAACUCAAGGGCUUACUGGGUCUUCCAGAAGAGGAAACAGAACUUGAUAACCUGACAGAGUUCAAUACUGCCCACAACAAGCGGAUUUCAACCCUCACCAUUGAGGAGGGAAAUCUGGACAUUCAGAGACCAAAGAGGAAGAGGAAGAACUCAAGAGUGACGUUCAGUGAGGAUGAUGAAAUCAUCAACCCAGAGGAUGUGGAUCCCUCAGUUGGUCGCUUCAGGAACAUGGUGCAAACGGCAGUGGUCCCAGUAAAGAAGAAGCGGGUGGAGGGCCAUGGCUCCCUGGGCCUGGAGGAGUCAGGCAGCAGACGCAUGCAGAACUUUGCCUUCAGCGGAGGACUCUAUGGGGGCUUGCCCCCCACGCACAGCGAAGCAGGCUCCCAGCCACACGGCAUCCAUGGAACGGCGCUCAUCGGUGGCUUGCCUAUGCCAUACCCGAACCUUGCCCCUGAUGUGGACUUGACUCCUGUUGUGCCGUCAGCAGUGAACAUGAACCCCACACCAAACCCUGCUGUCUAUAAUCCUGAAGCUGUAAACGAACCCAAGAAGAAGAAAUAUGCAAAAGAGGCGUGGCCGGGCAAGAAGCCCACCCCUUCCUUACUGAUUUGAUAUUUUUGGUCAUGGAGAAGUGGGGGAUUGAUUGGGUGGGAAUGGGGUGGAAGGGUGACAGAACUAAUGAACUAGGGAGGAAAAUUUCCACGUGUGCAGUAUCGUCUUUGAGAAUGUCUCCUGGGGUCCUAAACCAUGUAAUACUGAGCCC